AUGAGCCCGAUCGAAGAGAAGCAGCGACGCUUCAAGGGUGUCAACGCGAUCUACAGGAUGGCAGAGUACAUGCGGCUGCCACAGCACGUCAUGAAUACGGCCGCCAUUUAUCUGCACCGCUUCUAUAUGCGCAAGCCGCUCGAGUACGGACCCGCCAAGAUCGGACACUCGCACUACGAGAUUGCAGCCACGUGCGUCUUUCUCGCAUGCAAAGUGGAAGAGUCGCAUAGAAAGCUACUCAGUGUCAUUGACGCAGCAAUGGCAUCCUUCGACAAGACUCCAGCAGGAUCCCAGCGAUGGGCCGAACGAACCUUUCGCGCGGAUCCUUCUAGCAAGGAGUUUGCUCGCUGGCGAGACAUCAUAUUACUGUCGGAAGAGACCGUGCUUGAAACCCUCUGUUUCGAUCUGAUCGUCGAGCACCCGCACGAGAUUCUGGUCAAAGCGUGCAGUCGAUUGAAUGUCGACGCCGAUCUCGUGCGUGUUGCAUGGACCAUCCUCAACGACAGCUUGAGAGAUGCAACUUGUGUCAUGUUUGAGGCGCCCGUGCUCGCUGCAGGUGCAUUCUAUCGAGCUUGUCAACAGCAGCAGGUGGAUCCGUCCCACUUCAAAGGAAGAUGGCCCAAGGACGCUGAAGAGUGCCAAUGGACCUGGGUCGAUAUCUUCGAUGUGGACGAGGCGGAAGCGGCGGAGGCGGCAGCGGCGAUCGAAAAGGAUGUAUACCAGUUUCACGAGCAGCAGGCGCCAUGA